GCAAAUCACACAAGAAGAAGAAGCGCUCGAGUGUCCGACUCGUUCCCGAGAGAGAUGAGCGCUGUAUCGGGUUUCGGUAAAGCGCUGGUCAUCAUCACCGGAGCGUCGAAGGGCUUCGGCCGGGCUCUGGCUCUGUCCAUCGCGCCUCGUCUGGCAGCGGGCUCGGUUCUGAUCCUCGCGGCCCGAUCCGAUGACAGACUGCAGGAGCUGAGAGCGGAUCUGUCCCGCGGCGAGUCCGGGCUCACGGUCCGAUGCGUCGCAGCUGAUUUAGGGUGUCAGGCGGGUGUAGAUAGAGUGAUCGACGAGAUCAGAGACAUCCAUCCGGACAUCCAUCAUCUGCUGCUCUUCAAUAAUGCAGCUUCUCUUGGGGAUGUGUCGCGGUACUGUCAUGAUUUCACGGAUGUGGAUGAGGUGAACUCGUACCUGUCGCUGAAUGUGAGCUCUGCGCUCUGUCUGACCGCGGGAGUUCUGCGCGCGCUCCCGCAGCGCACUGGCCUGACGCGCGUCAUUGUCAACGUCAGCUCGCUGUGUGCACUCCAGCCCUUCCCGUCCUGGGUUCUGUACUGCAGCGGGAAAGCGGCCCGGGACAUGAUGUUCCGCGUGCUGGCGGAGGAAGAACCGGAUCUCAGAGUCCUGAACUACGCACCAGGGCCUCUGGACACAGACAUGCAGCUGCAGGCGAGGAGCAGCUCUGCAGACGACGCUCUGAGGAACUCCUUCAGCGACAUGCACGCUCAGGGUCAGCUGCUCACCUGUGAGCAGUCCAUCAACAAACUCAUCAAGGUCCUGCUGGAGGACAAAUACACCUCAGGAGCACAUCUGGACUUCUAUGAUUUAUAGAAGUUGUGCCUUAAACAACCACCCAUUCUCUAGUGUUCAUCCCAUUGAAGAGCAGACACAGUAAUGAACCCUCUCUGCUGUAAUGAACCAAUGAAUCUCAUUUAUCUGAUAUGUUCUUGUGUUGUGGACCUUUGAUAUCAUACCAUACCUUGAAAAAAUAUCAAUAAGCUCCACUGGAAUCAGUGUAUUGAUACUUCUUAAAAUAUUUACAUUUAUUAAUUUAACAGACGUUUUUAUCCAAAGAGAGGACUACAGCAAGUGAUUCAGGAACACGGGAAGUACUCAAUACAAAGUUUCACACAUUGUUCGGAUUAGUACAAGUACUAGACGGAGGUAUUAUGAAAAGAGAAAGCAAAGUUUUCUUUUAUGAAGCAGUCAAAUUUUCAGUAUCGCUGUAGAUCAGAAAUUCAUGUGAGUAAUGAGCCUGUGGGAAUAGUGUGUUGAUUUAUUUGAGGUGUUUCAUGAGCAUUUUACGUUCACAUUACUGCCACUGGACUAAAAGGAGAAAGCUCUCUGUCUGUGAUCGUAUGCCAAAUGGUUCUUCAUUAUGUGUUCAAACUCAUGAUUGUUCACUGUUUGUCACGUCAUAAAUACAUGAAAGCUUCCAUGUAUAAAUGUCACUUACAUUAUUGAAGUCGAGGCCAGCUUUUUUUAGUUUUUUUUUUAAUAAUAACGAUUAUUUUCUAUAACUUGAAGUUUUUAAGAAUGUUUUUCUGUAAUCAAAACAUAUAUUUUAUGUGUAUUCUAUUGAUUAUUAUUAUGAAUAAAAAUGUAAUAUUAUGAAUAAUAUGGCA